AUGGUCGGCUCUAUUCCAAACGACAUCUUCCAGUUCUCCAUCUAUACUGCUCUCAAUGCUGGCUUCAACACGGGACAGCCACGAACGGCGGAUCUCACAACCCAUGGCACGGAUGGAAUCGGUGUCUACGAAGACGGCAGCCUCAUGAUGUUGAAAGAUGGGCAAGCACUUACGAUCUCGAAGAAUGGCAGAGUAAGAGCCGCGCCCAUGGACGCACGUCUGCCAUUCGCCAUGGUUACCAUCUAUCAACCAAACUUUCAUCUGAAAGUACGCUCGUUAACACUAGAGUCUUUUGAUGAACUCAUUUCGUCAUCUGAGCUCGGCCCGGCCAAGUGUCUCAACACGCUGAUGCCUUUCAAAAUCGCGGGUAGAUUCGCCUCGAUCGAUUUCGCGGACGGUGCGCCCCGGAGUAAGAUUGAUGGCACCAUUUUUGGCUUCGUAGUUCCGGCGUGGAUGAAACUUAUCAGUGGAGAGCGUAUCCAUGCGCAUUUCUUGGACGCGAGUGAAGAAAUUGGGGGAGAGGUGACGGAAUUUCAAAUGGACGAGGAAGCGGUGCUAAGCUUUGCAAAGUGCGGGAGAUUUCAUCUAGGGUUUCCGCAAGGAGAAGAGUGGGAAGAGAUGAAGCUGUGA